AUGCUUAUCGUUGGCCUCACUGGGGGAAUAUCAAGUGGUAAAUCUACCGUCUCCUCUACUUUAAAUUCUAAGUACAACUUAACUGUAAUUGAUGCUGACUUGAUUGCGAAGCAAGUCGUCUUGCCUGGGCGCAAGGCUUACACGCAAAUUGUAGAAACAUUUGGAGAUGAUAUUCCUGAUCUUGUUGAUCCAGAAACUAAAAUGUUGAAUAGAGCAGCAUUAGGUAAAAAUGUAUUCCCUAAUAAGGUGAACUUGAGAAAGCUAAAUGGCAUAGUUCACCCAGCUGUGAAAUACGAAAUUGCAUGGCAAAUCAUACAGGCAUUCUUCAGGUUUCAAAAAUUGGUUAUUUUGGACGUACCUUUACUCUUUGAAUCAGGAUUGAAUGUGAUCUGUGGGAAAACUAUAUCUGUUACUUGUAGUCCUGAGCUUCAGCUCGAAAGACUUCUUCUCAGAAAUCCAGAACUAUCUACAGAGGAUGCACAAAGCAGAAUUGCUAGCCAGGGGUCUUCUAAGGAAAGAGUUCUUAGAUCAGACAUAGUAAUCGAUAACAAUGGAUCCAAGCUGGACUUGGAAACUGCAAUAGAAAGCGUAGUGCAUGAAAUAACUCCAAAUAUUAUCUGGACUAUCCUUGACUUUAUCCCUGGGGUAGUGCUUAUUUCUGCAGGGAUUACCGUUGCUAUAGCACAGAUUAAGGAUAGUUCCAGGAGGAAGAAAAUUGUCAAAAGCGAUUAA